AUGUAUGUUUGGGUUAAAUCUGUAGUGUACCUAGCAGUCUUCGGUGGGCUCGGAUACGGUCUGCUGGAACUGACCAAACCGAGCGAGGAAAAGAUAAAUCAGCUCCGAUACUCUGCUGUAGAUAGCGAAGAAAAGAGCAAAAAGGCACUGUUUAUGAAGAAACUGCAGCAAGCGAGCUACGAAGAACCGAUUUAUCUGAAGAAAAAGAACGAGUAAGCACUACCAUGGAGGACAUCAUCGAUAGUGGAACAUUGAAUGGGAAGGAGAAAAUUACGGAAAUACUGAACCGACGGCACAAGGAACGGGAACUGCACAUACAGGCGGCCAAGCUGGAACGGCAGAAAGAUGCGGAAAGUACGGAAGCGUUGCAAUAUUUUGAAA